AUGAAAAACCAGCUCCACGGCCCCCCAGCGCGGGCGCACAUGUCGGCCUCGGGGGCGGCGGCGACGGGGGGCACCGAGGCGGGCUCCGAACCCGGUGCGGGGUCCGGGUCUGGGGCGGGUGCGGUGACGGGAGCCAUGCCUUGCAAGAGCGCAGAGUGGCUGCAGGAGGAGCUGGAGGCGCGCGGCGGUGCGUCGCUGCUGCUGCUCGACUGCCGACCGCACGAGCUCUUCGAGUCGUCGCACAUCGAGACAGCCAUCAACCUGGCCAUCCCGGGCCUUAUGCUUCGCCGCCUGCGCAAGGGCAACUUGCCCAUCCGCUCUAUCAUCCCUAACCACGCCGACAAGGAGCGCUUCACCACGCGCUGCAAGGCGGCCACCGUGCUGCUCUACGACGAGGCCACUGCCGAGUGGCAGCCCGAGCCCGGCGCUCCCGCCUCGGUGCUCGGCCUACUCCUGCAGAAGCUGCGCGACGACGGCUGCCAGGCCUACUACCUCCAAGGUGGUUUCAACAAGUUCCAGACGGAGUACUCUGAGCACUGCGAGACCAAUGUGGACAGCUCGUCCUCACCAAGUGGCUCACCGCCCACCUCAGUGCUGGGCCUUGGGGGCCUACGCAUCAGCUCUGACUGCUCAGAUGGCGAGUCAGAUCGAGAGCUGCCCAGUAGUGCCACCGAGUCGGACGGCAGCCCUGUGCCAUCCAGCCAGCCAGCCUUCCCCGUCCAGAUCCUGCCCUACCUCUACCUUGGCUGUGCCAAGGACUCCACCAACCUGGAUGUGCUUGGCAAAUACGGCAUCAAGUACAUCCUCAACGUUACGCCCAACCUGCCCAAUGCCUUUGAGCACGGCGGCGAGUUCACCUACAAGCAAAUCCCCAUCUCUGACCACUGGAGCCAGAACCUCUCCCAGUUCUUCCCUGAGGCCAUCAGCUUCAUUGAUGAGGCCCGCUCCAAGAAGUGUGGUGUCCUGGUGCACUGCCUGGCAGGCAUCAGCCGCUCGGUGACAGUCACUGUGGCCUACCUGAUGCAGAAGAUGAACCUGUCACUCAACGACGCCUAUGACUUUGUCAAGAGGAAAAAGUCCAACAUCUCGCCCAACUUCAACUUCAUGGGGCAGCUGCUGGACUUUGAGCGGACGCUGGGGCUAAGCAGCCCAUGUGACAACCACACACCCAGUGGGCAGCUCUACUUCUCCACGCCCACCAACCACCACUUGUUCCCACUCAACACGCUCGAGUCCACGUGAGGC